CAUUAUUAGUUUCGUCGCCAUCAUAGCGACGAGAUCGCGACCGUUUUGGCCGCAGAGCCACGAAAUUGGGGAAAUCGUCGUUUUUCGACGAGAAGAAAGACGAGAGACAGGGCACUGCGCUCUGUUAGGAGACGUGUUUGUGGUCAUCGCAGUACCAGUCCAUCGGCCGUGGAUUUUCGGCAUCUUGAAGGAUUGUUUUCUUCACCUUUUGACGAUAACGAACAUGGCUUAUUGAAGAUGAAGGGUCUGCAGAAAUAUACUGUUUCUCCAUACGGAGGAGGCCGUAGCUUCGAUAAUUCUGGACUUCAGCACGAACGAUAUCGUGCCAGAAAUGGACAAAAAUACAAAAUACCAACAGUUCUCCGGGAAGGGAGCUCCUUCUGAUGCUAAAAAGACUCAAGAUGUUACAAACAAACUUUUCCCAAAAACUUCACGCCGUCGUGAACUAGCAAGCACUAGCAGUUUUUCAAAAUUUGAGCAAUCAAAGAAGUGCAAUGGACAAAAAACAAAAAGUUUUGAUAAGAGACCAAAACCUAAAGGACAAUAUCAUGGCAGUUCAAAGGAGGAUACCAAGGUAGUGCACAGAGAAUCUGCUGAGCUUGGCUCAGUAAUUGUUCCAGGAAGUAAAAAGCAGAAUUUGAAUCAUCUGCUGAAUUUUCAUUAUGAGCCGCGCGAAAUGCAAGGUGGCUCAGGUGCAUGGAGUUAUGGAAAAUCUAUAAAGAGUUGCUCUCGCAACAGUAACAGGUGGCUUCCACCAGUGCAGCGGCAUAAAUACAACAAAGAACAAUUCUUACAAGCCAGCUGCCAGUUCGUCGUAAGUUCCAGUGGGAAUUACACGUUGUACCUAAGCGAUCCUGAUGUACUAGUUGACUGGAAACUGGUAGAGCAAAUCAAACUUUAUAGUUGUGAGAGUGUGUCAUGCCCGAUAUGUCUGUGCCCGCCGGUUGCUGGGAAAAUGACGCGUUGCGGUCACGUUUAUUGUUGGCCUUGCAUUCUUCAUUACUUGUCGCUUUCCGAUAAAUCUUCGCGUCAAUGCCCCAUUUGUUACGAAUCUAUCCAAAAGUCCGAUUUAAAAAGUGUUAUCGAAAUAACACAGAGCACACUGAAUUCAGGAGACACAGUUACCUUACGUUUGAUGCGCCGUGAAAGGGGAUCGUUGUUCGCAGUGCCGGUCGGAUCUAUGAAUCAGAAUCCAAUUGAUUUCUUUCCAGUUUCAGACACUAUCAGCAACCAAGUAUAUUCCAAGCUUCUAAUCGCCAAUACGGAAGAUGUUAUGGAUAUCAUUGAACGUGAACGUGUUCAGUUGGAAUUGGAACUCUCGGAUAAUCCUGAUUCUCCGGAAAAUUGUUACAUCGAGGAGGCGCUUAAUGAACUUUCGCAAAGAGAAGAGGAAUUAUUAAAAAAAACGAAAUCAAAAUCAGAACUCGUUUCUACGAAUGAAACCGCAACAACGCCGGAUGAUAACAACGAUGUCGAAAAAUCCCAGUCAGAAGUACAAGCCUCUGAAAAUACAAGCGAGAAUACAAUGUCAGUAAACGAAGAGACGCUAAAACCUGUGGAAAGUUUACCUAACAUUCAAUCAACAUCGGGGAUACAGAAAUUCUUCUACUUUUACCAAGCCGAAGACGGUCAACAUUUGUAUCUCCAUGCAAUGAACGUGAAGAUGUUGGAAAUGCAAUAUGGCAGCCUCGAGAAUUCUCCUCAUGUUAUAACUGGGAAACUUCUUGAAAAAGAGGGGGGAAAUCUUACCGAGGAUCUAAGACGCAGAUUAAGAUACUUAUGUCAUUUGCCCUUAACUUGCCAGUUCGAGGUAGCCGAGAUUGAACUGAAACCACCAACUAUAUCAGAAGAAGUUCUACAUUCAUUUCAAGAUCAAUUAACGUUGAGGCACAAACGUAGACAGCAACGAGAAUGUGAGGAAAGGAAAAGGGAGAAGAAGAUCACGGAAGAGGAGAACAAACGAAUGGGGAAAUAUCCAACACCCAUCGUACACCUCGACUCGCAACAUCAUUUUCCUCAAUGGCAACCAGAUAUAUUAUUUUCGGAAGAGAAUGUUCCGACAACACCAGAAUCUGCAACGACAUCGGUAGCUAGUAGUCCAUCUCUAAGCACGUUUGACGAGAUCGUUGCAUCUAGACAAACUGAAAACGCCGGUCACGAACCGGGACCAUCGUUCGCGGAAAUGUUGCGGAACACCGGCACGCGUAAGAAACCGCGUACAGCAUGGCCAUCGAUUAACUCCGCUCGUAAUACAGCAUCCAACGCGAGUACUCAGUCGUCGAGAAGAGAUGAAGAGGAAGAUUAUUUAUCGGCACCAUCGUACAGUCAGAGUCUCGGCGAUGCUUUGGCAGCCGCCUUAGAACAAACAAAGAUAGAGACGAAAAAGAAUAAGGGUGAGAAAAAGAGGAAGAAAAGAAAAUCGACUGUAUUGUUUGCAACUACUAUGGCACAUACAUCUUAGUUUCUUUCCUGACAACGCUUGGCAUUGUACGCUUUUUGUUUACAAAUUCCGUAAUUAAUUUCAUUUUGUCACUUGCAUCGGUGGAUUCUUUCGAUUUGUUU